UAGUUCCUCUCUGUAGCUUCGGUGGGGCGUGUUGAAGGAGAAUGCUGCCAGAUGAGUUUAGUGGAAGUCACGGAAGGUCUUUUGGAGUAGCCUGCUAUCAAGUUCACGAAGUGCUGUUGCUUUACGCUGAUAGAAGAUGUUUCUUGUCCAAAAAGUUAUCGGUAGCCUAAUUGAUGCUGCAAGCAACAUCAACCAGUUUGUGCCUUCUGAUCCUCCUCCACCACGUAGACCUCAGGUGUAUGCAGACCAGCAUGAGAGUGACGAGGAUAAACAGUUCCGCAAAGUCUUCCAGCAGCUCGCUGGAGACGACAUGGAAGUGAGCGCAACUGAGCUGAUGAACAUCCUAAAUAAAAUCAUUGCAAAGCAUUCAGACCUGAAGACAGAUGGUUUCAGCAUUGAGUCUUGCAGGGGCAUGGUGGCAGUCAUGGAUAGUGACAGCACUGGAAAACUUGGCUUUCAUGAAUUCAAAUACCUCUGGAAUAAUAUAAAGAAGUGGCAGGGGGUGUACAAGUCCUAUGAUGCUGAUCACUCUGGUACCAUUAGUGCAGAUGAGCUGCCCAACGCUUUCAGAGCUGCAGGCUUCCCUCUCAAUGAGUACUUGUUCCAGAUGAUCAGUCGCAGAUACGGCGAUGACAACGGAAACAUAGAUUUUGACAACUACAUUGGGUGUCUUGUGAGACUGGAUGCCAUGUGCCGUGCAUUCAAAACUUUGGACAAGGAUAACGAUGGGACUAUCAAACUCAAUGUUAAGGAGUGGCUUCAGUUGACCAUGUAUUCUUGAAUCCAGAUGAAGUCUCCAGCUCGUUAUACAAAAUCUGUUUUCUUUGUCUACUCAGUGCAGCAUGUUUUAUAAAUCAUCCCAACAACUUCCUGUUAUUCAUCGCAUCCCUUGUGUGUGCAGGUUUAUGUGGAAGGUUAGUUUAAUGCAAGUGUUGUGGGGUUCUUUGCUGUCCCAUAAUGCAGUCCACAUGUCGAAGUGUCCUUGGGCAAGACACUGAACCCCCUCCCCCAUUGCCCCCGAUGGUUUAGAGCCA